AUGGCGACUAGUUUUUCUCUCCUUGUACUCUUCACGUGCCUGAUUUUGUCUCCGAUUCUUCUCACCUGGGGACAAGAUCCAGACGCCGCGGAGGACGUGAAUGUGGACCGUCCGGUUCGUCAAUCGGGACUGAAUGGCCAUUAUGGUCAAAAAUUGUCGAGGAAAAAACCCGGGAGAAAAUUGGAGGAAGAAGUUUCCGAAUAUUAUGACGACGCCAUUUCGUCCACCGUUUCGCCACAGAAGACGAAACAUGGUCGUGUUCCGAGCAAAGUGAUGGUGAGGACGUACAAGACGACGACGUCGACGACAACGCCACGCUAUGAUGACGCCGAUGCGACAACACUCCCCGUGUGGAGUGCGUACUACCAGAAUCCAUACGUUUCCAGAAAACCGUCCGUUCCACCGAAAAAGUAUGUUGAUAAGGUUGCCGCCACAACUGGGCGAGUUACACCAAGGGCGACACGCACGACGACGACGACGACAACAACGCUACCGACGACAACGCCACUUCCUUACACAUUUCCUCCCUACAUGUCUCCAGACAAUGGCCACGUCGACGAAAGUAGAGACGUCCAAUACGUCGACGAGAGUAGAAUGGUCAAUGAGCCUGCCACUUUGUCGAGAACGUUACAAACGCCCCGACCAGAGCGGAAAGUGACGCUGUCAUCGCGUGGAAAGGUGCACAACGUCAAGUCAUCACAUCACUCUCGACGUCCAGCUCAGUCUACGACGACGGAACCCGAACCCACACCCGAAAUCACGACGACACAAACGCCCACCUUCUACCCUGGCGAUGUCAACCUUGUCGAAAACUCUGAAACGACAUUCACCCCGGAAGAAGAACCCACGACCACCACGACCACGACGACGACAACAACGACGACGACAAGGGAGCAAGAAACCACGUCAGAGCCACAAAUUCAUGUCCCUCCUCCUCCCCCAAGAGAACUGACAUCGCCCCCACGUCGCGGCGUCCCACUCCGUGUCUUCACCCAAACGUUCAAACCCGUGUAUCGCAUUAUUGACGAAGAAGACCGGAAGUCAGAAGACGUCACCACCACGACAGCUUCCGGUUCAUCCGAAGAAACCACGACAUUCUCGCCAGACAAUGACCCCACCACCACGCUGACCCCGUUGACCUCUCCUGCCCCCCAAACAAUAACCGCAAUCGGCAAUAAGAACAAGGUCCACUACAUUAUCACGGUGAUUGACCCGCCAAAAUCAAACAUCACUUCCGGUCUGGGCGAAAAAGUUGAAGAGUUUGUAGAAUCCGCGGAUGAUGGCGUCUUCCCAUUUUCCAACCUUCUCACCACUCCGCCGACGCCUUCGUCAGCAGCUUUCGAUACCUCCAGCCAAGAGGAAAACGAGGACAACGACCACCUCGAAGUCAUCAAGAAGAUCCAACAGACACUCAAUUUAAAUAACGGACCCUCUCAGCAAAAGAAAUUUGUUCCGGCCGAAUCCGCUGGAAGAGCUCGGCAAGAGCAAGUUUUCCACUUUUCUUCGAAUCAACCUUAUCAACCAGAACCUUAUCAUCACUUCCCGUCCAAUUUCAUCUCCCCCGACGACGCCAAACCUCGACGACCUCACUUGGCCAAUAACUUCAUCGUUGAGGAUUCAAAACCAUUUCGACGACCUGUGCCGACCUCCAACAACGAUUUCUCGCCCCAACUUAUCCCCCUCCGCACGGUGGUGACUUAUCAACCCGUGGACUCUGCUUCGUUGACCUCUGACCCAUUUUCUACCAAGUCAGUCGCCUACUACACGCACGUUUCCCCGGAUGGAAAAAUUACCAAGCAGCUCGUCAAGAAUCCCUAUCAGCAGGAAAACAGUUUUGAGUUUUUGACGCGAGAACAGCGGUCAUCUGGGGGUCAAGGUCAAGAAAUUAGCGCCGUUCCAGCCCAAUCGUACUAUUUGGACCAGCAGGUCCGACCGGGGGCGAGGAGGGAACAAUAUGAUGAGGACAACUUGAGGACGGUGCCCUUCAGGGUGGAACUCGUCCCAAUUAAAGGACAGCGUGAGAAUUAA